UCCCCUUUUGAAUAUCAUCCUCAUGCCUUCACAGCAAGUUUUUUCCACUCAGGACGGUGCCGUUUACACAACUUCCAACGGUGCUCCCGUCGCCGAGCCCUAUGCUGCUCAAAGAGCCGGCCGUCUGGGGCCCCUGUUGCUUCAAGAUUUCCACCAUAUCGAUCUUCUCGCACACUUUGACCGCGAGCGUAUCCCAGAGCGUGUUGUUCACGCGAAAGGUGCUGGUGCACAUGGUUACUUUGAGGUCACACACGACCUCAGUGACAUCACCUCCCAGUCUCUUUUCCAGGGCGUAGGCAAGAAGGUUCGCGCUACAGUCCGCUUCUCCACCGUUGGUGGUGAAUCUGGUUCAGCGGACACUGCUCGUGACCCCCGUGGCUUUUCAAUCAAGCUAAGGACUGAAGAGGGCAACUGGGACUGGGUUUUCAAUAACACCCCUGUCUUCUUUAUUCGCGAUCCUGCCAAAUUUCCCCAGUUCAUACACACCCAGAAGAGGGAUCCCCAGACCCACCUGAAGGAUGCCGAUGUGUUUUGGGACUAUCUUUCUCAAAACCCAGAGUCGAUCCACCAGAUCAUGAUCCUCUUCUCUGAUCGUGGAACUCCAGACGGCUAUCACCAGGAGCACGGGUACUCCGGACACACCUUCAAGUGGGUCAAGGAUGACGGUUCCUUUGUGUACGUCCAAGUUCACCUUCGUGCUGGGGGCGGUUUCAAGACCCUCGACGAUGCAACCGCAACCCGCCUUGCUGGUGAGAAUCCAGACUACGGUACUCAAAACCUGUUCGAGGCCAUCGAAGCCGGCAAAUACCCAAUCUGGAACGUGUUCAUUCAAACCAUGACUCCGGAGCAAGCUGAGAAUUUCCGCUACAACAUCCUCGAUCUUACCAAAGUCUGGCCACACGGCGAGUUCCCCCUUCGGCCCAUUGGGAAACUUGUUCUCGACGAGAACCCCAAAAACUAUUUCGCCGAGAUCGAGCAGGUUGCAUUCUCACCAUCCCAUCUCAUACCCUACAUCGAGCCUUCCGCCGAUCCCGUCCUGCAGUCGCGUCUCUUCUCUUACCCUGACACACACCGCCACCGCCUUGGCCCCAACUAUCAGCAAUUGCCAGUCAACGCACCACUCAACCCCGUUGCCAACUUCCAGCGCGACGGACCUGCCGCCUUCAUUUCGCAGGGUAACCGGCCCAACUACCAGAGCUCGAUCCAGACCCUCACAUACGCGGAGAAGAAGGGAGCCAUCGAUUCUUCUGCCCGAGACUUGGAACGUGAGGAGAGGCAUGAGACUUUUAUUGGCGGUGCUUGGAGAGAUUUGAGCGAGGUCACUGAACUUGACUUUGAGCAACCCCGGGCCUUGUGGAGCAAGGUCUGGGACGACAAGGCCCGAGAGACGUAUGUACAAAACGUCGCUGGCCACUUCAAGAAUGUCAAGAGUGCGGAAGUCAAGGCGAGGCAACUUUCUGUUUGGGCCGCUGUCGAUCAAGAGUUAUCCGACCGCAUCGCUGCUGCUGUUGGCCAUCGCCCUGUGAAGCCUCUCGAAGUCAAACCUGCCAGCGAGGCCGUCAAGUUCCGAGCCAAUCUAGGUUAUAACGUGCUCAACAAGCAAAGCUCGUAAACAGGGCAAUAAGAAACUGGCUGAAUGGGCGGUAUGUAUGCGCCUUCAAGUUCAUGUAAAAUUAUCGUUGUAUGUAAAGCCUCGUUGUGCACACGCCGUGUUGUGAAAUAAAUGUAUUGGUAUUCCCUUG